UAGAACGAAUCGAAGAACAAGAAUGAAUUAUCGCGAAACGUAAAUCAUAACCGCUUUGAUAGGUUCUUAAUAAAGUAAACAUAAUCGUUUAGCAGUUUUUUGUGUCUCAUGGUUUUAAUUUGGUGAUUAUAUUGACUACAAAAUGGAUCUUUUUAAUCUCCCAAUUAUAAUAAUUGAAAAUAUCAUCAAACAACUAACGUACGACGAAAUGGCAAGAGUUAGAAUAGUGUCUAAAGCAUUCAACGAGAUAUGUAUGAGAAUGCUCAACAGAGGCUUUCAUAUGAUUGAGAAGAGACAUGCCUUAGCUCUGAAGACUGUUAAAGCACAGCUCCCUCGUAGAGAGUCAGAACGAAGAUAUCACCCUUUAGCACGUCAUUGUGAUAUUUUAACAUCGAUAGAGACAAGGAUAUCAAUGCUUAAUAUGACAUAUUCCAAAUUUAUUGACAGUGGCAUGUGUUGCUUUAUACCUGGAAGGGUAAUAGAUGAAAUCCAACGCAUUCUUGAGAUGGUAGAUACAUGUAAAAGUCCACCUCGAGCUCAUGAAGUGCUGCAAGAAUUGAGGGAUAUAUCCAGCAUGGCUAUUGAACAUUUUGAUGAUAAGAUAUCCCCCGCGUUCCGGAAAAGAUUGCAAGAUAUUACUGUGACUAUACCGAUACCUAGACCAGUGCAUGUGACCACAAUAACGCCUACAGCCACGCGGCAAGAGUUCAUACAUCUCCGUCAGAUGUCAACGGCCAAUGCUAAACUUUCAUUGUUCCUGUCAUCUCAAUAUAAGAUGUUUUAUAAACAGAUGACCUUAUACAAACGCAUCGCUCUACGACAGAAGAGAACAAUCAGAGAUCUGUCCAAACGGCAGAGAGAACAAGAAGCGACCAUUUGUGAAUUAAAGAAGCGUUUGGAUGAAUGUGAUGUCAAAUACAGUGAACUGACUCAUACAAACCAGGCAGUUGGGGGAAAGUCUAUGGGAGAAUCUUCAGUAAGCGGUGGAUCAAAGUCACAAUCGUUGAGACAUUUCGGCAGUCAAAUUAAACUUGACCUCUCUUUAUUGCCGAUUGGAAAUUCUAAACUAAAUCAAAAAUUACUCCCAAAUAUAAAACCGCGUAAGGCGCAAAUAAAACUACCCAGUAUCUGUGAUGAUGAAUCUCCGGACCACAAAGAGGACCCCAUCCCCUCAACUUCAGGGUGUAGCAGCAGCACUAGAACUAGGUCUCAGACAGCUAUAGGCAGGAUAAGAGGCCUAGCUUACGAAAUUACAGCCUUGAGUAAUAAUCUAUCCAAAAGUUUAGAAUCAAAACCCAAGAGAACAGCCAAUCGUCAAGAUAAUGGAGAACCUUCGCCCAAGAAACAAAGAAUGGAAUAAUUUUAAUUUACUUGUAUUUUAAGAUAUAGUUCGAUAGAUGGCGUUGUUACUAAUCUUGUAAAAUGUCUAUUCGAUAGAUGGCGUUGUUAUUAAUCUUCAUUAUAGUUCCAUAGAUGGCGUUGUCCCAAAUAUCUGUAAAUGUCUCAUUCUAUUUAACAUUUUGACUAUUUGUCCGUCUGUAUGUCUGUUGUGUAAUAAUGUGAGUUUUACCCAUUUUGAGGAAGUUAAAAUUAAGAUUUCUCUUGUAUCUUAAGUAGUAUUAGACAUAAUAGUAUCUAAAAUAUAUAUUUUUUUCACAUAUCGCGAGUAUAGUGUAAAAUUUUGCAUAUCUCAUUCACGUAUGGCCUUUUUUUAGUAAGUUAUAAUUAAAAAUAUAUGGUAAUCACAAAAAUAAACGCGCUUUUCGAAUAUAUUAUAUGUUAUGAUGCAAUUUAUAUAUCGUUAGAUUAGAUUACAUUGUAAUUUAAAAUAUCUGACUACCCUCAGUAAUAUAAAAAUUAAUAAACAUAGCCUGUUUGUGUCUUAUAGCUGUUCAGAUUAUAUCAAAUUUGUUAAUAGAUUUAUUGAAAUCUUUAAGUAAAUUUGGAAUAGGGCAUGCAUGGAAGGGGACUUAUCAUUUUUUUUGCAACCCCUCUGUUGGUCAAAGCACCCCAAUUGGAGCUACGCUUCACUUCGCUAUUUCAGUGAAUUCAGCUGGCAAAAAAUCUAUCUAUCCACAUUUUUGGGAUAUCUAAUUAGAUUUUAGCAUUUCAGAUUUUAUAAUCUGUUAAUAUUUAGAUCUCUUUUAUUUAUAUAAGGCUUAUAGGUAGUGCCAAAUAAAUCAUUGAAUUGUUUCAACAAUGCCGGAAUUUGUAACAAUUUUUGGAUAAUAAAUGUUAUAAAUAUAACUAAUUUUAUUGUUAUUACAGUUCAACUUUGAUAAGCGAGAGUCAAAGGCACUGUGAUAUCAUGCUUAUAGAGGUUUCUCGCUUAUAGAUAUUUUUUCACCUGAGUUUCUCGCUUAUGGAGAUCCU